GAGCUUUACCUCUUGAUUAAAUCAGAUUGCUUCUGUCAGAGGAUUAUCUCUCCGCUUUCGGCCGCCUCCAGGUCACUGAGGAAUAAUGGGGCUGUGGAACGUCUUCGCUUCCAUCAAGGACCGAGCAGAAAAGUUUCUCAACGAGAAGAACGUGGUGACGGAUGUUCUGGGGAAGCUGGAGGAGAAGACGGGAAUCAAGAAGAAGGUCAUCGCCCUCGGCGCCGUCUCGCUGACUGGACUUUACCUGAUUUAUGGAUAUGGAGCUUCGCUGCUCUGCAACCUGAUCGGCUUCGUCUAUCCGGCUUAUUAUUCAAUCAAAGCCAUCGAAAGUCCCUGCAAAGAAGACGACACAAAAUGGCUGACCUACUGGGUGGUGUACGGCGUCUUCAGCCUGGGCGAGUUCUUCUCCGACAUUUUCCUUUACUGGUUCCCGUUUUACUACGCAUUUAAGUGUUUGUUCCUGUUGUGGUGCAUGGCUCCGAUAUCGUGGAAUGGCUCCCAGAUCAUUUACAACAAAGUGGUUCGGCCCGUCUUCCUCCGGCAUGAGGCCACGGUGGACAACAUGGUGAGCGACCUGAGCGGGAAGGCCAUGAGCGCCGCCGAGAACCUCACCAGAGAAGUUCUAUCCACUCUGGUGAAGAACAAAACUCUGGUGACACCAAUGCCGCCGGUCGCCCCGCCUGAACCGAAGACUUUACCAAGUUUAACCGGAGAAACGUCCAACGCUAAAGUUGCUCCGAGCGAAGAAGAACGAAGGCCUUUUCUUGGGUGAGCAGAUUGUUGUUCAGAUAGCAGCAGAGGAAGAGGAAGAUGCUCCGCGAGGAAGAGGAGCAGAGAUGUUUUUAUCCUGAAUGAUCCAAACAGAAAGUGCUCCUUAUGUCACAGAGACUCGGUUAUAAGGCCAUAUUUUUGUAGAACGGUGAUGAAUUUAAUCUGAAUUUAUGAUUUGGAGAUCAUUUAUUGUCUUUAGAAAAUCAGACAGAUACUGGAAGCUGCUGUCUGAUCUACGAGCUAAAUGUCAAAACAAAUUCAGGAAAAAAAUAAAAAAUAAAAUCCUAUGACUGGAGGUUCUAACAGUUCAGAUUAGAGAACUGAAUCUACAAAAAUGAACCAGUUCACUUUGAAUUUCUGUUUCUUAUUUGCCUCUGAAAUGCUGUCAAUUUAUUUGACACUUUUUCUGCUUUUAUUUUACUAUAAGUCAGACCACAGAGGCAUCCAGGACCUUUUUACUGAAAAACAAACUUUGGCUCAUCCAUUCAUUGAACUCUGUUAGUUUACUUUUGAAGAAAGUAAAAAUUUCUGGGAAUAAACUAAAAACUUUUUCUA